CUCUCCAUCGACGUCAUCAUGGACUACAUGGUCGCUAGUUCCAAGUGCACUGCCGAGAUGUUCCUGGCAGAGUACCCACCGGAGUCGUUGCUGCACCACGUCGUCGCGUAUGAGGACGGCGCGAAUCAUGUAGGUUGUUUCCGCGUUGACAUUGCCACAUCUCAACCGCAACUGCUCCAUGAUGGGCUUGGCGCAAAACCCUUGGAGGGCGUGACAGACCCCCGCCGAGUCAAGGCGUGGCAAGAAAUCGGCCCGUUGGUCAGCGAGUCGCCCCAGGUCCCUUCCACGAUGAAAGUGCUGCAUCCCAACGUGAGCUACCUCACUGGUCUCAAGUGCGACGUCCUCGAGAUCGCGUCGGCGCUGCCACUUAUCUUUCGGUUCUUGCGGCAUUGCAUCCAACUCGACGAGUUUGAAGCGCGAUGGCAGCUCGAAUUUGACGACAAAUGUCUCCUCCGGCAAGCCUUCACACACGUCUCGAGCAUCGAUUGCGGCGUGCAGCAUGCAAACACGUUGGAAGGUGUCGUCGGACGCGUACAGUUGGGCCACACGUUUCGGACAAAUACGCUAUCGCCACUGAAUGGACCGCCAAAAUGCACCACCGCACACACAUCGCCGGCAACUCCCAUUCAACCAAACGCAUCCUCCUACUCGCAUUAUUUGUGCCCGUACGACCGUCUCAAGUUUCUGGGCGAUGCUGUCUUGACGUUCGUCGUUUCGUCCAACAUUUUUUGUCAGUUUCCCGAUGUGUCCGAAGGGCACUUGCACGACUUGCGCACCAAGAUCGUCACCAACGACACGGUCGGUGACUUGGCCAAGACGUGCCAGCUCGACCAACUCAUUUUGACGUCGUUUGACUUGGCCACCGUCGACGAGGACGUGUCGAAUGCUGUCGCAGCAGACUGCGUCAAAGCGAUUCUCGGUGCCAUCAUUUACGAGCAAGGAUGGGCGAGGGGUGUCGUUAGCGCCAGAGCGUUCUUGAAGCAACUGUUUGUCGUGUACGACGCCGAGUUGGCCGACUUUAUGUUUCUACUGAGUCAAGACUUGGCGGCUAAAGUCCAGCGAGAACUGGAUGGCCAACACAAGAGCUUUCAAGAGCAUGCCGAAGCCAGCCAGAUGCGUGGUCGACACAAACAGUUCCUCGCGACGUGUCCGAUUCGGAUGGAUCGGCCGCAUUUGUGGCUACAGAUGAUGACCCACAAGUCGUUGAAUGGCUCUGCCGCCUCUGGAGGCAAGGCUAAGGUGGGAUAUCGAGGCGACGGCAAUUGCGGCCGCCUUGCAUUCCUUGGCGAUUCCGUCUUGCAAGUCGUGGCAUCCCGCGACUUGAUGGACAUGGUCCCGUAUCAUCAGGAAGCGUUACUGUCGACCGUGCGGACGUCCCUCCUGAGCAAGGCUCGCCUUGCCGAAGUCGGCGCGGCGAUGAACUUGUUGCCCGUGGUGGCCGACGUUUUUGUCGCAUCUUUGGGGGCCAUGUACUUGGAGCAGCUCUCGCUGCAAGACGUCGAACACGUUCUUCACGCACGCUUGUUUGUUCUUGUUCCCGCCGUCGUCGCCGAUCGCGACGGGCUUGGUCCCAAGCAACGCUUUCUACACCACGUGCGGCAAUGGCCCCAACAGUGUCGAGUAACACUUUUGACGAGUUGGACGGUGGCGGAGGCAAGCACAUGCACGCAAUCGCGCUGUCAGUGGACGGACACCUCGUUUGUCGUGCCAACCAAAGAUUUGGCGGCCAACAGCGCGGCCACAAAAGCCAUGCGACUGUUUGGUGUGUAAUCGGCACCAGUUGGCGACUCGUCCUGGCUCGCGUGUUGUAAAGCACUCACGUCUGCUACCCGCUAACACCACUCGAGUAUAUUGUAGCA